AUUGAAUAUUUUUCGGUAUACACACACACACAUAUAUAUCGAUUCAAGAGCAGAGAUUUCACAGUUCGCUUUUCCUUCGACAGGUAUACACCAAGCACAAAAUUUCUCUGUUGAAGAAGAUACUACAACCGCCAUCAAAAUGAUUUCUGCUUCAAAACUACGAGAUUCUCUUGCCAAAUUCCACCAGAAACUCGGCACUCCUCUGAUUCUGGUCGGUGUGAUGUUUGUUAUGAUGACUGUAACUUACUUCCAUCAGACUACACGUAUAUCAGAGUUAGAGAAAAGAGCCAUUCAACAGACUACACCUCCACCUACACCAAGAGUCGCUGUUCGGUCUGGUGCCAUAUACACACAGUGGGGAAAACGAAAUUGCACUUCUAGAAGAUCUACCCAAGUCUAUUCAGGUAUUGCUGGCGGAACACAUUUCACACACACAGGAGCCGGAAGCAACUAUUUGUGCUUAACAAUGAACCCUCAAUGGGGCAAUUACACAAACAUUAAUGAGGCAGCCACCGGCCUUAUAUACGGUGUCGAAUAUGAAGUAUCAUCCUAUGCGAAAAGUAAGACAUUUGGAAUGUUUGCACCUAAACCAUACGCUUUGCAGGAUCAAGAUGUCCCUUGUGCAGUCUGUGAAACUAACAAACCUGCUUCAGUAUUGAUGAUUCCAGGUCGAAAAGAAUGUGUGGGUAAAUGGAAAAUGGAGUAUUCAGGUUAUUUGAUGACAGAAUAUUAUAAGCAUGUAGGUAGAACUGAAUAUAUAUGUGUCGACAAAGAAGCUGAAGCUGACACCAAAGGAUACGAAAACAAGAAUGGUGCUCUGUUAUACCACGUACAAGCUGUGGUUGGUUCAUUGCCAAGUCCUCCAUACGAGAACUAUAGAGAGUUAACAUGUGUUGUGUGUAGUAAAUAGUCAGGUUUAUUUCUUCCUGAAAUUUAUACUUACAUUGACUUACAAUAUUGACUUACAUUUAAUGCAACGAUAACAAUUUAAUAUAUAGAUUCGGGGGAUUACAUAAAUAUAUGU